CAGCUAGGGAGUAUGGGUAAAGGCAGCACCAUGCAGGUAUACGGACUACCUAUCUGGUUGUAUCCUACCUUCGUCCUCAUUGUGAUUCUGUUCGGGGUGUGCACUGAGUGGGAUCCUUUGUUUGGUGUCGAUACCAUCACCAAAGUAGGAGACAAUGAUGUACGAACAGCGGUGGAGAAUACCUGGGCUAGUGGAAAUGUCUCUUAUUCUAUGUACAUGGACGCUGCUGCUAUGUGCGUUAUGGGCUUCGGAUUCCUAUACGUCUUCAGUAAAUAUUACGUUUGGGGAGGUGUUGGAAUGAACUUCUUCAUUUGUGGUUUCUGUUUUCUUUGGGUAAACGUGGCCAAAGCCAUUGUCAAUGCCAUCUUCAAAGGAGAAUUCCACAAAACGCAAAUCAACCUUGACGAAAUGGUAACGGGAUGUUACGUAACGGCUGCGGUCCUCAUCUCUUUUGGUGCAUUCAUCGGGUUUACCACCCCCUCUCAGAUCGUGCUAGUUUGCAUUAUUGAGCCUCUUAUGAUGCUCAUCAACGAACACAUCGUGCUCGAUUACAUUCACGUUAAAGACGCUGGAGGCAGUUUGGUGGUCCACUGUUUUGGAGCUUACUUUGGUAUUGCCGUGGUAAUUGGAAUGGGGGUUAAAGCUAAGGACUUGCCGGAUGCUCAUCGUGUUACCACCUACUUUAGCGAUAUGGGUGCGAUGAUCGGGACUAUUGUUCUGUGGAUGUUCUGGCCUAGUUUUAAUGGAGCCGGGUUCUACAACGAUGUGACCCUACAAGGACGUAUCUUAAUGAACACUUAUCUUGCUAUCUGUGCUAGCUGUGCCACUGCUUUUGCCACUUCUAGUCUGCUCAACAAGGGAAAAUUCCAGAUGCUCGAGAUACAAAACGCUACACUGGCAGGAGGUGUCAUUAUUGGAAUGAUUUGCCCCUUCGGCAUCGAGCCUUGGACGGCUGUACUCAUAGGAGGAGUUGGAGGAGUUAUCAGUUGCAGUGGUUAUGCACUCUACCAUCCCUUCCUUGAAAGACUAGGAAUUACCGACAGUGCUGCUGUACAAAUGUUGCACGGGAUCCCCGGAUGGAUUGGAGCUAUCUUUGCCGCAUUUGCUUGCCUCGCUGAUAAUCACAACUACCUGUACUCAUAUAACACCCAAUGGGAAACAACAGCGGAUAUGCCCAGAAGUAAAGGGGAACAGUUCGGGUACAUAAUCCUUGCCAUUGUCUGCACCCUCGGUGUCUCUAUUGUCUCUGGGAUCAUCACUGGUGUGGUCAUGAACCAACCCUGUUGUCCACGAGUCCAUAAGAAGGACAUGCUGGUAGACCACGAUUGCUGGGUCAUUCACGAUGAGGGCCACGAUCCUAGGUUGAGGAAUUACGACACCAACGUUGUGCUGGCAAACCCUGGUAUACCUGUACGCGAAAUGGAGGCAAAGGCUUAACAAUAACUACUGAUUACUCCAUAUUUCUUUAGUGUAUUUUAGUAUUCUACUUCAUUUUUCUGGGUCGUAAUCUAGGGCCGAUUAUAAGUAUAGGGCUGAUAAACAAAUAUUUAAUCAGAAAUAAUAAACUUUAGGUUUUUUGCUGAAGUGUUUUCGAGCUGGUGUCGUUUAAAAUAUCUCAGUAAUGCAGUUUACGCUAUAAAGUACCUUAAUCGAUUUCCUGCAACGAAGACUUUAUAAGUUUGGCAAUUGAUUCUUACUAAAUUUGUCUUGUUACUAUUGACGAAAUCUCUAAUGAGCAGUUAAAGUAAGGGGCAAGUGGUUUUGUGAAUACAACAACAAAGAAACAGUGCCUGACGACUUGGUGAAAGGCAUCGUGAUAAUUGUCCCGAAGAAGGGUGAUACCUCCUACUGCUCCAAUAAUAGGGGGAUCACUCUUAGAUCUACAGCAUCUAAACUGUUAUGUAUCAAAUCAUCAUAUAACAACGCAUGAGUGGUUUAGAAGGUUUGCUACGAGACAAUCAGUGUGGGUUCAGGUAGAACGGGGCAUGCAUUGAUCAGAUUUAUUCACUCCGCACAAUUAUACAUAACUGCCUUGAAUAUAAUCUCCCCUGUUUAUAAAUUUUGUAGACUUCAAGGCAGCUUUUGAUUCAAUCGACAGGAAUUAUAUUUGGAAAGCUUUCAUUCAUUAAGGCCUGCCAUGUAAAUACAUCUGAAUUAUACAGGCAUUCUUUAAUGGAACUGUCAGUGCUGUCAGACACAACGGUGAAUUGUCAGAAUGGUUUGAAGUAAGUUCAGGCAGUGGCCAAGGAGACAUUCACGGUCCACCGCUUUUUAAUGUAUGCCUCAAUGUGGCUGCUGAGAGAACAGAAAGCAACAAAGUGGUGUCUCACGGAGCGGUUUUUCAAAGAUCUAUCAGUCCGCUUGUUGAUGAUAUCACGGUGUUAGAUACGGAUUACGCAGAUGACAUGGUUGUACAUGGUUGUACUGGAUAACAGCGAGGAGGGUCUUCAAGAAACACCUGUCCUUUUGUGUAUGUAUGCUGCCCAGGGAGGUCUCAGAAUCAAUGAUAAAAAGACUGAGGCUAUGGUAAUUGGUAAAGCAGCCUCUCAACGGCCAUACACGAAAGAAGCCACAGUGAACCUAAUCAAAUAAAUAGUAGUAAGUACUAUUGUAACACAUAGUAUGUUUUGUUGGAGUUAAAAGUUGUUUUCGAGCUUGCUUUAUCUCACAUUCUGAUCUUGUUAUUUAAAGAUAAAUUGAGAGAUUCUAGAGUUGUAACUUGUAAGCAAGUCCUGAGAUUAUUUUGUAAACUUCUUUAAACGAGAAAGUGGAAUGAUAUCAGUUUAGGGGCUGUUGCAAUUUAAACAAUUAAACUUGAUUUAAAGGUGAGGUUAUAAUAUUCUACCUACAAAUUGGCUAUCCCAUUUGAAUAAUUUUAUAUCAAGUGAUACUAUUAUUAAUCAUUUAUAUAGCACCAACCCCUAAAUUCUAUUUCUGUAAAACAGUCAUUUGACCCCGUUUAAGAUUUCGCAAGACAUAUCAUAAAUAAGAUAUAUAUCACCUCAUGGCUUAUAUACGGCCCUACAAUUGAAUAGUGUUAUCUUUCGAAGGUGGGCUCACAGAAAAGUAAUUAUAGCUAUACGGUCAUGCUAAGUUUCAGCAUAACACCAUUGUUGUGAAACAUAUUCGUUAAUAACCUUGAAUGAAUUUAAGGAACUACCAGCACGUCAUGAACCUAAAUCACUGGGUGACCUUACCCAGCAGGGCUAUAUAAAUACUGGGGUUGUUUGCUGGUGAUUAUAACAGAGUGUGGGGUGGUUGGGAUGUUUUAGGUGUUUUUGCGUAGUUUCUAAUUAAUAUUAUAGUUGGGUUACAGAAACUGAUAACUUUUCUAUUUAUGUAUUUUUAUCUCUGCGUGUAAUUGGAAGAUAGGGUAUCAGGGAUGGUUAUUGGUUAUUCUUAUUGAUUGGUUAUUGAUUGGUUGUUGAUUGGUUAUUGAUUGGUUAUUGAUGGUUAUUCAAAUUAAUCUUAAUUUUAUUCUCUCUUUAAUAGAUUAA